AUGGCGAGGGGAAAGAAGCGCGCGGCGGCGGCGUCUGCUGAGGAGGAUGCCGUCGUCGACGCCGCCGCCGAAAUGCUGCCGAUGGUCCAGCGCACGCUGCGGUUCUUCGGCGGCGGCGGGGGGAUCGAUCGUCCCCGACGAAAUAAUCCCGGGGUGCCCACAUCGCCGUCCCACAUCGCCGUCCUGGAGCCGCCGUCCGCGGCGAUGUACCGCCCCCCCGCGCUCGCGGCGCCCGAGCGCGUCGUCUUCACGCGCCUGGGCGAGCGAUGGCGGACGCCGACGGGCGGGUACGAGGGCGAAAAGGUACCAGAGGCGCUCGUCGCGACGACGUCGUCGUCGUCGGAUCUCACAAACGUCGUCAGUGACCCAGCCGACGACGACGAUCGCGGCACCCCAACAGCCGCUCCUCCUACUCUGGAUCCGAUAUCGAUGCCGCUGCGACGGGGACCGCGAAGGAAAAUGAGACCGUUCACGACCCCCGUCGGCGCGGCGCUGACGAUCGCUCGCGAGCGAGACAACCCCGCGGACGCGCGCGCGCUGCGAUGCUUCGAGGCUGACGGAAACGGAAACGCCGCCGUCGACGGCGAGAGCCUCGGGUACGUCCCGCGCGUCGUCAGCGCGCACGUCUCGCCGCUGAUCGACGCCGGGCUAGUGACGGUGACCGGGAGGGUCGUGAGAUGCGCGAUGAACGACGCCGUGGACGGCGGCGGCGAGGACGUCGACGUCGAGAUCGAGCUCGUCGCGACCGCGUCGAACGCCGCCGACGCGACCGCCACGGAGAAGGCGGCGGCGUCGUGGCGCGCGGCGGCGACCGCGGCGGCGUCCUCGAGCGACGCGCUGCCGGACAAGCUCCGCGCGCGCCUGUGGGAGAUAAUCGACGGCGUCGUCGAGUCUUCUCGUCGGAAUCAGAAUCAGAAUCAGAGUUUACUCACGUCGCGCGACGCGAUCGUCAUCGAGGACCUGAGGCUGUGCUCAGCCCCCGCGCAAGCGCUCGCGAUUCGUCUGUCGCGACGGAAGAUGACGUGGACGAGAGCGCGGUCGCUGCGAGGCAAGUUCCGCGAGGUCCCGGACGCGGACGCCGCACUGCGCGAGCUGUGGGAGCGCGGACUGCUCGUGAACGGUGACGACGGCGGCGACGUCGACGGCGACGACGACGAAUCGAUCGCGGACGCGGAGGGCCGGCUGCGGCUGUUGACGCCCGCGCAGCUGUCGGCGGCGGCGAAGAGACUCCUCCCGGGGCCUCCCGGGGUCUUCUCCGCGACCGAACGCAAACGCGGCGGCGCGUCGAAGGCGUCGCUCGUCUCCGAGCUGCUCUCCACCGUCGCGCCCGCGCGCGUCGUCGACGCGUGGCGAGCGGUGCGGCGCGAGGACGGCGAGGACGGCGAGGACGACGCCGUCGUGCGUCUGACCCCCGCGUUGACGCGCGCGUUUCGAACGGCGCUCUUCCUCGCGUAUUGCCGCCCGAGCGACGUCGGCGAGCUGUCGAUGGAGGAUCUGGGGAUGGUGCGGUACGUGAAGCCGCCGCCGAUCGAGAAGGACGACGACGACGCCGCCGCCUCCGUCCCGCCGCUGUUCGCGACGAGAGCGGACUUGGACGCGUACCUGGAUGCCGUCGCGGAGUCCGCGGCGGUGGACGCCGCCGUCGACGCCGGCGACGAGGCCGGCGCGCUUCGUCUCUCGCGUCGCGCGCUGGCGCCCUUGCUCAUCGGCGCGGCGCCCGCGCGCGCGCGUCGCGACGACGUCGACGUCGACGGGCGGCAAACGAUGCCGUCGUACCUGCGCAGGUUCGACCCCGCGCACGUUCGCGCGAGGACGGCGACGACCGCGGUGGGCCUCCUCGAACGCGCGGGGGAGCACGCGGCGGCGACGACGGCGCUGUUGUCCCUCCUGAGCGGCGACGUCUGCCCGGAGAAGCGCGGCGCGUGGUACGACCGCGCGAGCACGAACUUCAACACGCACUUGGGGAAGCCCGCGGACGCGAGCGAGAUGUUAGAUCACGCGCUCGCGGACCCGUGGGUGCGCGUCGGCGAUCGCGUCGCGCUUUUGAGGCGCGCGGCUCGGCUGGCGAAAAAGACGAAAAACUGGCGCGUCGCCGUCGCGGCGUGGCGAGAGGACGCGCACUGGGACGCCCCCGUCGAGCGCAUCGACGCGCGCGCGAUGAACGCGGAUGCGCGGGAGAAGAAUAAGUACGUGAACGUCGUCGAGGAGGACGACGACGACGGCGGCCUCGAGGAUGAUCUCUUCUCGCGCCCUCAGGGCGCCGUGGGCGGGGAGUGCGUCGUCUCCGUCGAGGCGCUCGCGUUGGCGCAUUAUUCCGUCGCCGCUAACGGCGGCUGGCGCGGCGCGCACUGCGAGACGUCGCUGUGGACGACGCUGUUCGGUCUGCUCUUCGCGGACGUCAUCUUCUGCGGCGGCGUCCCCGGGACGUUCCGCGGGCCGUUCCAGUCCGCGCCGUUGGAUUUCGACACGGACGCGUUCGCGCCGGCGCGCGCGACGCGGCUGGCGGCGGCGCUGCGCGACAUCCGCGGCGGCGCCGCGCGGACGCGGCUGUCCGCGGCGUGGCGCGAGCACCGCGGCGCGGCGAUCGCGGGGGUGUCGUGGACGCUGAUGUCUCUGGAUGACCUGUGCGACGUCGCGGAGGGGAUCGGGCGCGACGCGCUGGCGUCGAUGAUGGGGUUGCUCGCGGAGGAUCGCCGGGGGUGGGUCGGCGGCGCGCCGGAUUUGAUCUUGUGGCGGCGACGCGGGAGCGGCGCGGGAGCGCGCGCGGAGGUGAAGUGCGUCGAGGUGAAGAGCGCGAACGACCGGCUGAGCGAUCAGCAGCGCGCGUGGUUGCUCGCGCUGAGGGACGCGGGCGUGGACGUCGUCGUGUGCAAGGUGAUGUGA